AUGUCGGCCACAAAGGCAGCCCGUGUGGGCGAAGAGAUCUGGAAGACGCGGAUCGACAAGGUCAACGCCGAGCUCGUGACCCUGACCUACGGCACCAUCGUGGCCCAGCUGUGCAAGGACUUUGAUGGCGACUAUGUCGAGGUCAACAAGCAGCUCGAUAAGAUGGGCUACAACAUCGGCCUCAGGCUCAUUGAAGACUACCUUGCCAAGUCCAACACGAUGAAGCGAUGCGCCAACUUUCGCGAGACGGCCGAGAUGAUCUCCAAGGUCGGCUUCAAGAUCUUCCUCAAUAUCACACCCACCAUUACCAACUGGACGAGCGACAGCAAGCAGUUCUCGCUGGUGUUUGACGAGAACCCGCUGGCCGACUUUGUCGAGCUGCCAGACGACGCCCGGGCGCAGGACGAGCUGUGGUAUUCGAAUAUCUUCUGCGGCGUGCUGCGAGGCGCGUUGGAGAUGGUGCAGAUGCAGGUCGAGGCGCAUUUCAUCAGCGACGUUCUGAGGGGCAACGACACGACCGAGAUGCGGAUAUCGCUGAUCCGGUAUAUCGAUGACGAGCUCCCGCCGGAGGAUGACUGA